AUGUCUGAUCCGGCAAUAAGCGUAUGCGCUGAUGUCCCCCCCCCCCCCUUGAAUGGUCCUUUGAUUCACGAAUGCGUCGGAAACCAUAGGGAAGAAGGUCGGGGCGCCUCUUUCUACCGGAAAAAUGUAAAAAAGGCCCUUUCGUCAUGUAACUUGGACGAGCCAGUGAAAAACCCGAGGCAAGAAGGCCGGGGCGCCUCUUCCUACCGGAAAAAAUGUAAAAGAACCUUUCGGCAUGAGUCUGAUCUGGUACCAGUACAGAAUUUUGGAAAAUCCAGGAAGACGCUGAUGAGCGGUGACAACCCGAGAUACUGCACUCUGCUGCCAAUGACACGAGGGUUUAAGAAUAUAAAAAUUGUGGAGUCCGAACUUUUGCCAAAUUUUUUUAGUAUAGAGCCACAA